AGUGAGUCGGAAGUCUCGGUCAGUUCUUUUGACGUGGGGUUGCUUGGAUUGCGUUGUCUUUGAGGUUAUAUCGAAGCGCUCGUCUCUCAAAAGGGAGACCAUAAAAUAAUAACGAUCAAAUAAAUACAACAACAUGUCCGAGAACGAAGUGGAGAGGUUUGAGAUUACCGAUUACGAUUUGGAUAAUGAGUUCAAUGUGAAUCGUCCCCGACGGAAGCUCUCGAAGAAACAACAAAUGCUAGGAAUAUGGGCCGAUGACAGCGACGAGGAUGAAUUAUCCGCUAGACCAUCGUUCAAGACUUUUAACAAGGGCCCCAAAAACUACACGGCCCCGGUGAAUUUCAUCGCUGGGGGUAUUCAACAAGCGGGAAAGCCGAAAGAUAAGAAGGAAGACAAGGAUGAAGAGGACGAGGACGAGGAGGAGACGUGGGAAUCUCAAACGAAGCAUCAGGAUAGUUCAAGUUCGGAAGAUGAAAGAUCGAGCAACUCUCGAACACGCCCGUCCUUUUCUCUGAAUUUGGACAGCGAUAUAGCGGGUCUACGUAGAAAGCGCAAUCAAAAAGUAAAUCCACUAUUAAUGAAAAGCGGAAUAGGCAGCUGGGAAAUACAUACAAAGGGUAUCGGGACUAAGCUGAUGCUACAGAUGGGAUUUGAACCCGGCAAAGGUUUAGGUAAACAGUUGCAAGGGAGAAGCGCACCGGUGGAGGCACAGGUGAGAAAGGGAAGGGGCGCAAUUGGCGCGUACGGUCCGGAAAGGACGCUGAAAAUCCCAGAGAAGAAGAAGGACGACGAUGGGGAGGAAACGAAGGAAUCCAAGUCCAAAGUGUCUCAAUGGCGGAAGGGCGACAAUGUCAGUAACAAGAAGAAAGGCAGGUAUUCUUACAGAAGCGUGGAUCAAGUGCUGGAGGACGGCAAACUGAAGCCCAACAGGAAGCUUCCGGUAUCGAACGACAUGAGCAAGGUCAAAGUUAUCGAUAUGACUGGGCCUGAGCAGAGAAUUCUAAGCGGCUACCACGCGAUAGCCGGCAGUCAGCAGUGUCCCGACGAGAGCGUGGUCACACCCGACAAAAAGUCCAAGGUGAAUUUUGCCCUGCCCGAGUUGCAGCACAACUUGAACCUACUCGUGGAUAUGUGCGAGCAAGACAUCAUUCAAAACGACCGGCGGAUGAGACACAUGAACGACAGAGUGGUCGCGUUAGAGGCGGAAAAGACGAAUUUGUCCAAGGUCGUGGAUCAACACGGCCUGCUGAUCGAUACCCUGGAGAACGUCCUCGUGAUCGUCGACAGGUUAAUGAACGAAACGAACGAAUUGUCUCUGCAGGAGACUGCGGAGGCUUUUAAGGAUUUGCAGGACAAUUAUUACGAGGAGUACAAAAUGUACGAACUCGGCGAGUUGGCCAGCAGUUUCGUCGCGCCCAAGAUAAAAGAUUGCCUGAUCAGUUGGCAUCCGUUGAUGCAGUCGAAACAACCGAUUAAAUUGUUCCAACAGUGGAAGGAUAUCUUGGAGAACGGAAGUAGUACUACGCUGCAGUCGCGGAGCAUGCAUCCGUAUGACCAACUGGUGUGGAAUGCUUGGAUGCCAUCGAUUAGAGGAGCCAUACAACAAUGGACCUGUAGACAGCCUGAGCCUCUGAUCGAACUGCUGGAGCACUGGAUGCCGUUGUUGCCCGACUGGAUCCUGGAAAAUAUAUUGGAUAUAUUGGUGCUGCCAAAGCUGACCCUCGAGGUGGAGGAAUGGAAUCCUCUUACCGACACCGUACCUAUCCACACUUGGAUUCACCCGUGGUUACCGUUGCUACGAAAUCGUCUGGACACUUUAAUCUAUCCAAUAAUACGUCGUAAACUUGGAUCGGCACUGGGGGGUUGGCAUCCGUCCGACAGAUCCGCUAGACUGAUGUUGCAACCGUGGGCGGAAGUGUUUGCCAAAGGGGACAUGGAAGCGUUCCUGAUCAAGAACAUUAUCCCAAAGUUGCAGGUAGCGUUGUCCGAGCUCGUUAUAUAUCCGCAUCAACAACACUUGGAUCAAUGGAACUGGGUGUACGAAUGGAAGGAACUGAUACCCACUCACAUCAUGGCCGGGCUGCUCGAUAAAUUCUUCUUUCCAAAAUGGUUGCAAGUCCUGGUGCUUUGGCUCAGUCAUUCAUCGAAUUACGAUCAAGUCACGACCUGGUUCAUGGGCUGGAAGGGACUGUUGAGUGACAAGUUAUUGAUGGAACCAGCGAUAAAAGAGCACUUCAAGAAAGCGUUGGAGAUGUUGAACAGGGCGGUUAGCGGGCCGCAGAAUCAUCAGCCCGGCGCAUUGGAGCAAGUUUCGUAUCUGACCAGCUUGGAGAGGACUCAACCGACCAUGUCGCAGAUGCCACCGAUCGCACAGCCGAGGAUAGAGAGACUCGCAGAGGUAGUACGAACGGUCCCGCAAAUCUCGCACGGUUUGAAGGAUCUCCUGCAAAAGAAGUGCGAGGAGAGGGGCAUAUUAUUCAUGCCUAUCCCAAACCGAUACAAGGAGGCUAAACAGGUGUACAAAGUGGGCAACGUUCAGGCGUACAUUGACGGCAACGUUUGGUUUGUGUGUCGCAAUGGUGCAAAUUGGGUGCCGGAGAAACUGAAUGACCUGUUGGACAUGUGUGAACUUUAGUUGAGAUUGCUCAGCUGAAAUUCCUAGGAAUAACAAGGUUAUCGUGCAAACUGUUAACUGUUAUCAUAUUUAUAUUGUAAAUACGUUGUAGGGUAUUCCUCUUAGCAAAUGUAUUAAUUUGCAUGACGCAACCUCAAGUAAAUAGAGUAAUAAAACGAAUCGUUUGUCGAAACUAAGCCAAAUAAAUAAAUAUGUUGAAUAAUUGAAUGA